AUGUCGCAGCGGAUGGGUAUGACAACCUCAUUGAUCAGCAUUUCCGUUCUGGCGUUAUGUUUGGGGUGGCGAUGAAUUCGCUCAUUCUGUCGCUUCUUCCUCACCGGGUGCUUGCGCUCGCCCAGCUGUUCGGCUAUGAGGGCAAUCGAACUGAAUCUCUGAAGUUGUUGUAUGCGAUUGGGGGCUGGACUAAGGAUAGCGAUGAACCUAUGGUUGGGAACAGGAGGAGGGUGUGAGAAGACCUAUGGCAGACAUUUCACUCCUUAUCUUUCACCUUGUUCUGAGUAAUUACACUUAUAAAGGCGUUGAUUUAUCCAUGGCCCGAAAAAUCCUGGACUGGAACAUGCGGCGUUACCCCGAGGGGGUCUUCUGUCUAUUCGCUAAAGGCCGGAUAUUGGUUUGUCAAAGUCGGCCGGAUCUGGCCGUAGGUUACUAUGAAAGGAUGAUGGAGAAUUGCCAGAUAGAAUUCCGUAGCUUGAGAAACAUUUCAUUAUGGGAAUUAAGUCUGUGCAGUCUAUCCCUGUACGACAUGGAUAUGGGGGUAACAAAGUGGAAAAAGCUUCAAGCCGACGCUAAUUGGAGCAAGUGCGCGUACACUUAUGCGUAUGCGGUGUGUUUAUACGAGCGUGGGCAUGAUGAGGAUUUGAGGGAAGCGGAAAAGCUCAUGUCCCGAAUCCAAGGAUUGAUGCAACGCAUCGCAAGCAAAACCAUCCCCUUAGAGAAAUACGCCGCGCGAAAAGCGGCGAAAUUCGCCACCCAAGGGAACCGUCUUAUGCUCCCGGCUUUGGAACUCGGCUACCACUUCCUGUGUAUAACCCGAGCGCCUCGUGGAGUUCUUGUGCGUAAGAUGCUCCCCGCCAUUGAAGCCGCACGUACGAAGGUUCUCGAGCAUAUCGACUCGCUCACAACGUACUAUGACGGGAGGUACUACUGGGAUGACUAUUGCUUGGUUCACUUCCUCCAUGCUGUGUGCCUCCGAUACAUCGCCCAUGCGGAUCCUGACGCUAUGAAGGAUUCGGAUCUGGCCGAUCCCCUGCCUGAGAACGCCGAGAAAAGGGCCUUCGACUCGUUCCAAAAGGUUAUUGAAAAUGGCGCUGGAAUUGAGAUAGAUCACUGGAUUGUCUACUAUGCUCAUUACGAACUUGGACGGCUCUACGCUUGCAUUGGCGAUAUUAAAGAGGCGCAGAAACAUCUCGAAAUGAUUCAUUCAGGGAAUGUGGUUGUUCAUAAACCUGAAAAAGGCAAAUACAGUUUGGAGAGCACCCUGAUCAUGCGCACACAUGCUGCUAUGGAGUCAUUAGUAGAUGGUCAACCAUUAUAGCGAGCUAAUUCUGCUGUCGCCGAUCGCGGCGAAUUGUGACGUUUCAUCUUGGAUCUUGACUUUAAUUCACGCUUAUCUAGCGAUUGGACUGCAUAUUUAUUCUUGCGCUAGACGUUUUUGCAUUCCCACCGAGAUUCAUAGAUUUGCAGGUGUUGUGUGCGACUUGGUUGCCUUUGCUAUUUAAUUGCAUCGUUGACUUCCAAAUUUCGAAACGCUAGUGUAAUCUAUCGGGGAAACACUAGGCUUGACCAGUAGGUAGGUAAUUGUUCGGAACGGCCACAGCGCAGCUAGCAGGACAAGU